AUGAAACAAAUUAAUUAUUUUCAAUAAGCAUUUUCUUCAUCGAAUAGAUAGGUUCUGGAUUUGAUUAUAUCUAGUUAGUAGCUAGCAAUGAAGAAUCAAUCUGAUGAACAGUAGGAAAAUUAAAAUAAUAGCACAUAAUUCGAAGACAAUAAUGGAAUUGAUUUGGGCAUACGCAAAGUAAUAAAAUUGGGAGAGAAUGGAGAUAAGACUUCCACCAAUUUGCAAUACAAAUCUUUAAGAGACACAGAAUAACAAAAAUAAGUGAUAUAGCAAAUUAAGCAUCUUGCACGAUAAGGCUCACAUAUGUACGUAACUAUCUUUUUAUAUUAUUUUGAUCAUUGCAAAUACAGUUUCCCAUAUUCCUUAUAUUACAUUAUUGCCUAUUUAUUAUUAUUUUAGCACCGGAUAUUUAGAGCUCCCCACAGAGACGCCUUGAUAGAUGAAGUGCUAUUAGAGUAAGUACCUUUUCAUCGCUCCCCAAAACUAUAUUUCCUUAUAUUCAUCAUUUAUUUUUUCAUUAUAUUUUUACAUAGUAAGUUUUUACCGCCAAACUCGAUCACUCCGCUUAUAUUCACUAAGAAAUUACCUCAAGGUGGACAGUAUAGACAAAAAGGAACUUAGCCAUUGUGGGUAAAUGCAUUUGAGAGCCUCCUGAGUGUUGUGGUCUAAUUGUAUUACAAGAGUGAUUAGAAAUUAGCGGAAUUUAUGAAAGAAAAGGUCUUGAUAGAUAGCAAAAAAGACAUUAAGCAAGAAAAGAAACCAGGAAGAAAAAAGAAAAUUCUUGAUAACGAUUCUCCUAAUCAAGAACAAAUCGAAUAAUAGCAGCCAAACAGCUAAAAUGUUUACUCUCUUUUAUAGCAGGAUGUGUUGGACAUACUCAUCUCUCCCUUGAGGAACGAUUUUUCAUUCGAAACUUGGACAACCAAAGAAAUUGCCAUAUUUGAAUGCGGAUUGUGUAGGUAUGGUAAACAAUACGAAUUCUUGUCACAUCUAAGAUAGAUUAAAACGAAAAAUGCAUAAGAUAUUAUUCAAUUUUAUUACAAUUGGAAAUUCACAAGCCAUUAUAAGUUAUGGAAAAUAAAUAAAGCAUAUUAUCAUCGCAGCAACCUUAACAACUAUGUCUGA